AUGGGCGCCAUAGGACCCAUUAUGCCCGACGACCAUCCCCUCACGGGGAUCUACAGCGCGACGUACAGCAAUAUUCCCGUCUACGAAUUCCAGUUCGGCCCCGACCUCAAAGAACAUGUCAUGCGCCGCCGCCAGGAUGACUGGAUCAACGCGACACACAUCUUGAAGGCAGCUGGCUUCGACAAGCCCGCCCGAACCCGCAUUCUCGAGCGUGAGGUGCAGAAGGACGUGCACGAGAAGGUCCAGGGCGGUUACGGAAAGUAUCAGGGCACCUGGAUUCCCCUCGAGCAGGGCCAGCUGCUGGCCCAACGCAACAACGUCUACGAGCGACUGCGCCCCAUCUUCGAGUUCGAGCCGGGGCCCGAGAGCCCACCGCCUGCCCCCAGACAUACCAGCAAGCCGAAGGCGCCCAAGUCUCGGCCAGCCGUUCCGAAAUGGAACAGUGCGUCGGCCCACGCAUCCUCGCACGCCCACGACGACUAUGACAACGCCGAGUCCGCCCUUAACGACGAUGACACCCCCGACAACUUGACCGUAGCCUCGGCCUCGUACAUGGCCGAGGACGACCGCUACGACGCCGCCCCUCAUUAUGCGUCCACAGGCCAUCGCAAGCGCAAGCGCGAGGAGAUGCUGCAGGAUCUGACCGAGCAGCAGCACGCCAUGUACGGCGACGAGCUGCUCGACUACUUCUUACUCAGUAGGAACGAACAGAACGUCAUGCGCCCCGAACCCCCGCCAAACUUCCAGCCUGACUGGCCCAUCGACACCGAUCGGCAUACGGCGUUGCACUGGGCGUCUGCCAUGGGCGACGUCGAGGUGAUCAAGCAGCUUAAGCGCUUCAACGCCUCUCUCGACGCCCGAAACGUACGCGGCGAAACGCCCUUCAUGCGCGCCGUGCAUUUCACCAAUUGCUACGAGAAGCAGACUUUUCCGCUCGUCAUGAAGGAGCUGUUCAGCACAGUCGACGCGAGAGACAACUCCGGGUGCACCGUCAUCCAUCAUGCGGCGGUCAUGAAGAGUGGCCGCGCUAUGAGCCAGUCGUGCUCGCGGUACUACCUGGACAAUAUUCUCAACAAGCUGCAAGAGCUGCGCACCCCCGACGAGGUGCAGGCUUUGCUGGAUGCACAGGAUAAUGAUGGCAAUACGGCGCUGCAUUUGGCGGCGAUGCAGGAUGCCAGGAAGUGUAUUCGUGCCCUGCUCGGGCGGGGCGCUGCCACUGAUAUCCCCAACAACCAGGGUGUGCGCGCCGAGGACUUGAUUAGGGAAUUGAACGCCGCCAAGAGCAAGCAACAAUCGCAGUCCCGUGCCGCUGCGCAACGCUCAUCAAGCCCAUUUGGUCCCGACUCAGCUGGCCAGCGUCGCGGGUCCUUCUCCGCUGAAGCUGGAAAGUUAACCCCUCCCCCUAAAUUCCGCUCUGAAGCCGCCAACGCUGUCACCCAACGUAUCGAGCCCUUGAUCAUCCAGCGGAUCCGCGAUCUCGCACAAAGCUACGACGCUGAGUUGAAUGAAAAGGAAGAAGCCGAGCGUGAGGCAAAGAGGAUCCUCAAUAACGCGCAAGCAGAGCUGCAGGCAUUAAAGGCAAGCAUCGCCGAGUUGGAAGCGCGCCUUGAGCCAGAGGAGAGUGCGGCAAAGGUCGAGCACGAAGCCGAUGAGUUGGCGAGGAGGGUUCUCGCGUACGUGACGCAUCAGAAUAGGAUUAUGCUGAGGGAGUGGGUUAGGCGGGAGGUCGGUGUGAACGGGGAAACCAAAGAAAACGAGAACCCUGACGGCGAGAAAAAGUCUUCAGACUCUGACCCUUCCAAACAGACCGAACAUAUGGAAGACGAUGACCCCCAAACGCGCCUAUCCCUCGCCCAAGACCUGUAUAUUCUGUUAACAACCCAACGCCGUCAUGAACAAUCCUACGUCUCUGCCCUCGGCGCACUAGGUACCGGCUCCCAAAUCGAUAAGUACCGCCACCUUCUGCGCGCUUGCCUGCCUCCUGAAGACCAGGAAUUGCUAGACGAGAACUUGGAGGAACUCAUCAAAAUGAUGGAAGAGGAGGCUUCCUCCGAGGGAGUAACACAAGGGGGAGGUGUGAUUGGGCCAGCGGCUAGUGUGGUCGCUCAGGUUGGGGUGUAG